UUAACGUGCGAUAUUUAGACAGGCAUUUCCAGAGAGCCGUAUGGGAAGUAAACUAUGAUGUGCAUCUGACGCGGAUGUGCUGUGGAGGCAGGUGUGGAAAUCCAGGCGAGCUGCUGCAGCGAUGGACCGGUUCGUGUGGUCCAGUGGCUUGCUGGAGAUGAACGAGACGUUGGUGAUCCAGCAAAGAGGUGUCCGCUUAUAUGAUGGAGAUGAAAAAGCUAAGCUGGAUGUUGGAGUUGUCCUUUUGAGUACUCAUCGUCUUAUUUGGAGGGACCUCAAGAACCACGAAUGUUGCAUCGCUAUUCCUUUGUCACAGAUCAUAUUCUUUGAGGAACAGGCUGCAGGAAUAGGAAAGAGUGCUAAGAUAGUUAUUCACUUGCAUCCUGCCUCCCCCAACAAGGAUCCUGGUCCCUAUCAAAGCAGCAAGUUUUCCUACAUUAAGUUGUCGUUUAAGGAGCAUGGGCAAAUUGAGUUCUACAGGAGGCUGUCGGAGGAGAUGACCCAGAGGAGAUGGGAGAGGACGCCAGUGUCCCAACCUGUCCCGACGGAGACAGGAUCACAGGCAGGAAGAACGCGGGCUGUGGGGAUCGUGGGCAUCGAGAGGAAACUGGAAGAGAAAAGGAAGGAGAUGGACAAAAACAUUUCCGAGGCCUUUGAAGACCUCAGCAAGCUCAUGGAGAAGGCCAAGGAGAUGGUGGAGCUCUCCCGGUCCAUUGCAAGCAAAAUCAAAGAGAAGCAAGGAGACAUCACAGAGGAUGAGACGAUCCGGUUCAAGUCCUACCUGCUGAGCAUGGGCAUCGCCAACCCAGUGACACGAGAGACUCACGGCUCAGGAACACACUACCACAUGCAGCUGGCCAGGCAGCUUGGGGACAUGCUCCUUGCCCCUCUGGAGGAGCGAGGAGGCAUGAUGGCCCUGACUGAAGUCUAUUGCCUGGUGAACCGGGCCCGGGGCAUGGAGCUGCUCUCGCCGGAAGAUCUGGUCAACGCCUGCAAGAUGUUUGAGUCCCUGAAGCUGCCACUCAGGCUGCGUAUCUUCGACAGCGGCGUCAUGGUGGUCCAGCUGCAGUCCCACAACGAGGAGGAGAUGAUCGCCUCAGCUCUGGAUAAUGUGUCUGACAAAGGCUCCCUGACCUCAGAGGAGUUUGCCAAGCUGCUGGGUCUGUCUGUUCUCCUGGCUAAGGAGAGGUUGCUGCUGGCAGAGAAAACGGGACACCUGUGCCGCGAUGACUCGGUGGAGGGCCUGCGAUUCUACCCAAAUCUGUUCUAACAGGCCUGUGCCCCCACCCCAGACGAAGUGUCCUUCUUGGGUGUGAACCGCAUGCUUCAAACACAGCAGUACUCCACCGACGCAGAGGAAAUAGCAGCCUCCUUCACCCCCCCCCCCGCCCUCACAUUUGCCAUGUGUGUCACACUCUGACCCCCCCCCCAUAGUCUGAUUCCGUACCACCAAAGUGUUUGACCCAAUGACUCGCCUCAGAUUGUGUUUUAAAGUGUAAGUCCAGUUGGAUGCAGAAAGACGCAAAUUAGAAACGAAUUGCUGAAGUACAGAAUGCAGGGGAUUUUGCCACACUGGUGGGGGGGGGGGGGGAUCUCACUGUAACCAUGGAAACCCAUGUUGUGUCUGCAAACAGGUAUGUGUGACAGUAUGUGUGCUGGUCGGCACCCAACGUCAUGGUGGCCCAGGAUCUUCUCACUGCCUCUUCAGCUGUCAGUUUAGCUCCUGAAAGUGAAUGAAAUCUGCAUGAGGGCAGGACUGGGUCUGCAAAAGCUAAGCUGAGACCCCUUCUCCACAUGCCACAGCCUACGCAGGACUCUCUGCGGGGGGGGGGAGGGGGGGGAUUAUUAUUGGUUUUGGAAUUGUUCCAAAUUCAUUUUACGUUCAGUGACAGUGUUGAUCAGCACGGUCUUAUAAACGCCACACCACUCCAUGUCUGUUCUUCUGUCCAUACAGUUUUUUUUACAAAAAUAAAUUAGCCUUGAAAACUC